GUCUCCUCUCUCUCUUUGCAGCGAGCGGUGACCCUGCCUAACUGACACCCUGCUUCUCCUGCCGCCCCCCCUCCCCUGCCCCCCCGCCCUCCGCCCUCACCGGGGGACCGCGCGGCCCGUGGUGGAUCGGAGCGCUCUCAUUGGAGGCUUUGCGAGGUGGUUUUUCGGUCUGGCGCCGCCUCCCCCCGGGGCCGGCGUGCGCUCCCAGCAGCCCGUGGUGCCCUGUGCCCCCCCGUCCCCUUCACUGCACACCAGAGCCCAUGCCCAGGGAGGAGGCACGGUGCGUCUGCCAGGAGCCAUGUGCCUCCCUCACACCAACAACAUGGACAACAAGCUACAGGGGGCGGGGCCGGGGGGAGGGGCUUCACUUCGACCACGAGCAGGAGGCGUUCCUCUGGAGCCUUUCAUACACCAGGUCGGGGGUCACACCAGCAUGAUGCGUUAUGAUGACCACACGGUGUGUAAGCCUCUGAUCAGCAGAGAGCAGCGCUUCUACGAGUCUUUGCCUCCCGAGAUGAAGGAGUUCACUCCAGAAUACAAAGGUGUGGUGCUGGUGUGUUUUGAGGGCGACUCCGAUGGCUACAUCAACCUGGUGGCCUACCCCUACGUGGAGAGCAACAUGGAGGGAGGGGCCGGAGAGCACGAGGACCGCGACCCCCCCGAGAGGGAGCAGCCCAGGAGGAAACACUCCCGCCGCAGCCUCCAUCGCUCCUCCUCUUCCUCAGAACACAAGGAGGAGAGGCCCGACAGGAGAGAGGCCCACGAUCCCGACUCCUCUGAAAAUCUUGCUGAACUGAAGAGUCCCCGGCUCGACCCAAAGAUCCACUCCGAGGUUCCCUUCCAGAUGCUGGACUGGAACAGUGGUCUGUCUUCAGAGAAGAUCAGUCACAACCCCUGGAGCCUGCGCUGCCACAAGCAGCAGCUCAGCCGCAUGAGGUCCGAAUCCAAGGACCGCAAACUCUUCAAGUUCCUGUUGCUGGAGAACGUGGUUCACCACUUCUCCUACCCCUGCAUCCUGGACCUGAAGAUGGGCACCAGGCAGCACGGGGACGACGCCUCUGAGGAGAAGGCGGCCCGGCAGAUGAAGAAGUGUGAGCAGAGCACUUCAGCCACGCUGGGGGUCCGGGUCUGCGGCAUGCAGGUGUACCAGCUGAACACCGGUCACUACCUGUGCAGGAACAAGUACUACGGCCGCGGCCUGUCGAUCGACGGCUUCCGCGAGGCGCUCUUCCAGUACCUGCACAACGGGAAGGGCCUGAGGCGGGACCUCUUUGAGCCAAUCCUGAAUAAGCUCCGCAGCCUGAAGGCGGUGCUGGAGAGGCAGGCGUCCUACCGCUUCUACUCCUCCUCACUGCUCAUCAUCUAUGAGGGAAAGGAACUGGAGGGCCCUUCGGCCCCCGGCUCUGGGCAGCACGCCCCCCGGCAGCAGAAGGCCCCGGCGGAGCCCUGUCCCGGUUCCUGCCCGGGGCCCGCCGCCCCCUGUGAACCCAACCCGGGGCCGCCGUCCUCUCAGGGACCCGGACACAAGGCCCAGCCUUCCCCCUCCCCCCGCCCCCCCACACAGGCCCCGCCCACCAAGUCAGACUGCUGCCCCUUUGUGCCCCGCCCCCCGUCGCCCCUCACACACCCGGACGCUCCCUCCCCGGCCCCCAGCUUACCUCCCGCCCCCGCGCCGCCGCCGCCCCCCCCACAGCAGCAGCACCUCCCCCAGGUGGACGUUCGCAUGAUUGACUUCGCCCACUCCACCUUCAAGGGUUUCCGCGGCGACACGGCGGUGCACGACGGGCCCGAUCGGGGUUACGUGUUCGGACUGGAGAGCCUGGUCCAGAUUCUGGAGAGCCUUCGAGAGGAGAACCUGCCGUAG